GGCACAGCUUACAAAGAUGUGGCUGGUUCUACUUGUGUUUAUACUUUUCUUUUUUACAGAGAUCCAUGGAGCACACUGUAGAUACAGAGUGAGCUUCUCUACCAAUGGGUGGACAUCAUACUAUUGCACCACCUCGUGCUGUGGGUCCAUUUUCAGCAGAGAGUGUUGUUCCAGCGCCAUCAGCCCGCCCUACACAGUUGGAUCGCUUGCACCGAACUACUUCAUUGCCGUUGUCGUUGUCAGUGUCCUCAUCGUGGUCGGUUUCAUUGCUACCCUUGUAUGUGUACUCAUAAAGAAGAAUGGGGUCCCAGGGCGAGUCAUCCGGCCUCAACCUCAGACAAUGGUGGUCACCCACACAAGCGGUUCUCCGCCUCCGUACUCCCUGGCCCACGCUCCUCAUCCUGCUUAUCCAUCCCUAGCGUAUCCACCUGCUGGACCUCUAGCUCCACCAAGCUACAAAUCUACUUCAGGUCAGCCUGAAACACCACCAGCUUAUCACGCCCAACCAACCCCACUACUGGCUUAUCCACCGUCCCCUGAAUCUCAAGGACCACCACCUGGCUACCAUCCACCUCCUCCAGGACUGCAAGGGCCACCGCCUACCCACCAACCACCACCCGGACAAGGACCACCAUCGUUCUACCAGCAUCUAGCCGAUGCAUCUCUUGGGACGGUAUCGACGCUUACUUAAACACAUCCUCCUCACAGAGCACCUCAGCGUUUGUAUUUUGUAUGAGCUCAAUGUUUUGUUUUUUAACAGAGCCUUCAUCUCAGUUCUAUCUGCUCAUAAUAUACACCGGUCUCAACACCAUCUGAACUCCACAUCUAAAGAAUGCUCAUCCUUCUGAACAAUGUACAUCAUCAUCAUCAUCAUCACUAACUUUUUUA